GGAAGAGGUAGGCACGUGUCAUACAGUUUAGUCGGUAACGCGUGGAGGUAUCUACGGGUGCCUGAAGCUUCAGCUGAAAAGAAAAGUGAAAAAGAAAAUGAAAAUGUCGAGUUCAGUUGUAGCGUACAGCUUCCGCCAUAUCCCCCCUUUAAAGCAGCGCUCUAUCCGGUACUUCUCUCAUCAACGUCCCCUCCGCCGUCGUCCGCUCUGCUCCCCGUGCGCCGUUCUCGUCGCAACCUCACCAUCAUCUUGCAGUCUUCCAAAUUCGGCGUCUUUCACGGGCAAUUCUUUGUUUCGGAGGAUGGAGCGAUAUUGGGCUGCAAGCAGCAUCAAUAAGAAUAAAGGAAUGGUGGAGCAUUUGCAACGUUAUGGAGUUAUUCAGUCAAAAAAAGUGUCUGAAGUAAUGGAGACUGUGGACAGGGCAUUAUUUGUACCUGAUGGAUCCUCAGCCUAUGAAGACAGCCCUAUGCAAAUAGGCUUCAAUGCCACCAUUUCUGCACCUCACAUGCAUGCUACUUGCCUUCAAUUGUUGGAGAAAAAUCUACAGCCUGGGAUGCAUGCUUUAGAUGUUGGUUCAGGAACCGGAUACUUGACUGCAUGCUUUGCGCUUAUGGUGGGCCCACAAGGUCAUGCAAUCGGUGUGGACCACAUCCCCGAAUUGGUUACAUUGUCGAUUAAAAACAUUGAAAAAAGCGCUGCUGCUCCAUUACUCAAAGAUGGGUCUCUCGCCUUACAUGUGGGAGAUGGGAGAGAAGGGUGGGUGGAAUUUGCACCUUAUGAUGCUAUUCAUGUUGGGGCAGCAGCACCAGAAAUUCCACAGCCAUUGAUCGAUCAACUGAAGCCUGGGGGCAGAUUAGUCAUUCCGGUUGGGAAUGUUUUUCAGGAACUGAAAGUUGUUGAUAAGAAGGAAGAUGGUUCUGUGAGUGUGCGUAGUGAAACUUCAGUGCGAUAUGUUCCGCUCACAAGUAGGGAAGCACAGUUGCGGGGAUACUGAUGUCAAGCAUACUAUUUACGCCUUGAUGGCAAUUCUGUAUAUUGGUUUUCAGGUAUGCGGGUUUAAUAAAAGAAAAUACAAGGGACAGUUUAAAUUCUUAGUUUUGUAAGAAUUGGGUUAAUGAUGUUCUGAAAGUUAACCAUUAUAGUGGGGGAUGUCAUCUUAUUGCUAUAUCUUACCAUUAAAACUAUAGAAUACUUAUCACUAACAGGUGUAUCUUACCAUUAAAACUAUGGAAUACUUAUCACUAAUGUAUCAUUCUAAAUCAUUUUUUAAUUAUAUUUAAUUCAAAAAUAUAAUAAAAAUACAAUAUAUAUAUAUAUAUAUAUAUAUUUAAAACUAGGUUUUGAUUAAAUUAAAAAAAG